AUGCCGUGGGUGAUGAAGAGAUAUCAUACACCUGAUGGCAGAUUAAUUAUCAAAGAAGAGAAAGUUAAAAGGUUUGAGUAUUUUGAGGCUCACCGUAUUGAUGGACGGUUAAUGUUGAAUCUUGUUCCGUUAAAUGAUGACGUGUCGGAUUCCGAUGGUGAUGAUGAUGAAGAUGAAACGGAUGGUUGUGAUCAAGGGAAAGUUGAUCAGACGGCUGUGGAGAAUGGAUCGGCAUUGAUGAAUGGUGGAAUAAAGUGUUCGAGUUUAUAUGAAAACAUCAAUCAAGGGGGAGGAGAGUCAAGAAGAAAUGCUGAAGAUUUGAUGAGACAAAAACAAUCCAUUCAAAGUGUACUUGCUAAACAGUCUGAUCAACAAAAGUUAGAAUACCAAACUCGUUUAGAAGUUGCAAUUGAUGUCAUAAGAUAUCUUUUGAACCAAGGAUUAUCAUUUCGGGGGCAUCGUGAAGACGAAUCAUCUUUUAAUAAAGGUAACUAUAUUAAACUUCUUAGAUGGUAUACUAAACGAUGUGAUAAUAUUGCUGAUGCAUUUAAAAAAGCUCCAAAGAAUAAUCAGUUGACUUCUCCAUACAUUCAAAGGGAUAUUAUCACUGCAUGUAAGAUGGAAACAAUUAGGUAUAUCAUUAAGGAUUUAAAUGAUGAUUACUGUUCCAUAUUAGUUGAUGAAUCUCGUGAUGUGUCAUGUAAGGAGCAAAGGGCUAUUUUUUUGAGGUAUGUUGAUAGAAGGGGGAGUGUAAUGGAGCGAUUUAUUGGUAUUGUUCAUGUUCGUGAUACUAGUGCUUUGUCCCUAAGAAAUGAAAUUGUUGGUUUACUUGCUCAACAUUCUUUAAGCCCAUCUUAUAUGCGUGGACAAUGUUAUGAUGGAGCAAGCAAUAUGCAAGGAGAUUUAAAUGGGCUUAAAAUCUUGAUACAAAAAGAAAGUAAAGGUGCUCAUUCUAUUCAAUGUUUUGCUCAUCAACUCAAGUUAACUCUUGUUGCGAUUUCUAGAAGAUGUGAUGAAGUGCAGGAACUUUUAUCGUUGGUUUCUGAUAUAUUAAAUAUGGUUAGAGCUUCUUUCAAGCGUAGAGAUGAACUUCGUGAAUCUCAAGCAAAAGAAAUUGAAGAAGCAUUAUGUAAAGGCGAGCUUGAAACUGGUAGGGGCUUGAAUCAAGAACUAGGUCUUGCUAGAGCCGGUGAUACUAGAUGGGGAUCUCACUACAAAUCUUUUAAAAAAAUUAUUCUUAUGUUUGGCCCUAUCAUUGAUGUACAUGAUGCUAUUGCUGUUAAUGCCCGUUUUGAAGAAAAGUGUAGGGCAAAGGGAUAUCUUAAAGCAUGUUUAACAUUUGAGGUUGUCUUCAUGUUGCACUUCAUGCGCACUGUUUUAGCAAUCACAAAUGAGCUUAAUGCAGUUUUUCAAAAGAAAGAGCAAGACAUUGCAAAUGCCAUGCUACUUGUUGAAAUGGCAAAGGAGCGACUGCAAAAACUAAGAGAAGAAGGUUGGGAUUCACUUAUUGAUGAGCUUGAGAAUUAUAUUGUUGAUGUUCGUGACCAUGAUAAAAGGUUUUCCGAUCUUAAGGGACUUUGUGAUUUUGCGAAGAAACUAGUUGAGACAAAGAAACAUGGAACUUAUUCUCUCGUGUUCCGACUAGUGAAAUUUGUUUUACUUUUGCCAGUUGCUACUGCUACAGUUGAAAGAGCUUUCUCUGCAAUGAAGUUGAUUAAGACUGACUUACGAAAUCGAAUGGAUGAUGAGCUUUUGAGUGAUUGUUUGGUGUCUUAUAUAGAAAAAGAAGUAUUUAGUACUAUUUCUAAUGAGGAUAUUAUGGAUACCUUUCAAAAGAUGAAAUCUCGUCGAGGAGAAUUGUAA